CCCAGUAGCCCCCGCGCAGCGUCCUAGACCUGUCGGACUCCAAGGUGGCAAGAUGUCUUCCCAGCCACCACUUUCGGUACCACUUAGAGAACAGAAACUCCUAGAUGUCAAACUGCAUCAGCUACCAGCCUGGAUUAUGAAGCGGGAUUUUUCCCCUAGUGGGAUUGUCAAAGCUUUUCGUAGAGGUUAUGAUGCGUAUUUUAAUAAGUACAUUGAUGUGAAGAAAGGCGGGAUUGGUGGUGUCUCUAUGGUCCUCGCUGCUUACAUCCUGCUUAAUUAUUGUGCAGCUUACAAGGAGCUUAAACAUGAACGGAGACGAAAAUACCACUGAAAAUUUCAGAUGAUGAAUUUUAUCCCUCAACUUAGAUAAUUGUGCAGUUGUAACUUUUCUUGGUGAACAUCACUUGAUGGGGCCAAAUACUCAACAUUAAAGGAUGUAUUUAAACCUG